AUGUUACGACGGAUUAUCCGUCCCGCACGACGACUGCCACUCUGGCUGAUACUUACUGUCGCUGGGCCUUUUAUUUUCGAAGUUGUCGUACACCAAUGGCAAUAUAGCGUGCCACGACCCGCGAGCGAGCUUGAUGCACCGUUUUUCACCUCGUGCCAGGAGCCCGACGUCAGCGCGAAACGAGAAAAUGCGGCCUUAGUAAUGCUUGCGCGGAAUAAUGAACUGGAGAAGGCCAACAGGACAGUUACCUCGAUAGAACAGCAAUUCAACAGGUGGUUCAACUAUCCCUACGUAUUCUUAAACGAUGAGAAAUGGGAUCCCAACUUCAUAGAGGUUCUAAAUAAAACGGCCCGAGGACUAGCCACCUUUGAUGUUAUACCGCAGGCGCAAUGGACGUUUCCCGAAGGCGUAGAUAUAGAUGCAGCGAAGCAAAAUAUUAAGGAGCAAGGAGAAAGGGGUAUCCCGCAUGCUGGGGAAGAAGGGUACCACCAUAUGUGUCGCUUUUAUUCGGGCAAAUUUUAUCAGCUCGAUGUGCUAAAGAAGUACAAAUGGUACUGGCGGCUCGAACCUGACGUCGAUUUUACCUGCGCGAUUACGUACGAUCCCUUUGUACAGAUGGCACGACAUAAGAAGGUCUACGGGUUUACGAUUGCGUUAUGGGAAGUGGGAAAGUCAUGCCCGGGUUUAUACCGCUCGAUCGCCGACUGGAAGGAGAUGAUGGGCAUUCCCACGAGCAGCCUCUGGAAGGCUACGGUAUCAGCUUCGUGGAUGCCGUACCCAUUCCGGCGAUUCAUGAGCUGGCUGCCGAAUCGCGAUGCGUAUGGCGAUGGGUGGAGUCUGUGCCAUUACUGGAGCAACUUCGAGAUUGCCGAUAUGGAUUUCUUCCGAACAAAGGCGUACCAGGACCUCUUCGACUAUUUAGAUAAAAAGGGAGGAUUUUACUUUGAGCGGUGGGGUGACGCGGCAGUGCACUCUCUUGCCAUAGCAAUGCUUGCAGACCCGCGAAAGGUACACCAUUUCGAGGAUUUCGGAUAUCGACAUGCUCUCCUAUACCAAUGUCCGGCCAACGCGCCAGGUGGACAACUCCCAGAGUCACAGCUACUCGGGAGCGGAACGUGGGCGGCGGAGGAGGAUAACGGCAUCGGGUGCCGUUGCGAGUGUCCCGGGCCGUCGCCAAGGAACUAUGGCUCGUACUGCCUGAAUAAGCUAAAGCAGCCCACCACCAUAAAACGGCCGUGGUUCGCGUCGUUUCUAUAGUAUAGAAUACCGUGGCGGCCGUCGACGGUUGCUGCGAUCAGCAUUCUGGCUGUCUAUAUCUAUUGUUACUACUUCCUCUCGAAUUUCCACUGGGUCACUAGUCGCAUUGGAUAUGUAACUGGGAAGAGCAUAGCCUUGGCGCUUGCGGUGCUUUUGGCGUACGUGUACUUAUAUCAAACCAUCGCAUGGGAAAAGGGGACGGGAAGAACUGGAUACCAAGGGGCAGUUGUUUUAUAGACCUACCGAACUUGUAGGUAGUCGCAUGUGCGCAUCUGAUGAAUUCGAAACGAAUAAUUAAAGUCAAUAACCUAAAGAAAUGCAUUGGUACCGACGACGGUUGAUAUAAAGUUAACAUAACCCCGUUUAAAGAAGUAUAUAGUGAGUCAACUAUUUACAUGUGAAACAUCUGUCAACAAUGGCCACAGGAAAGUUUACUAUAUAUACCUACGCCUCCAAUGAUGAUAUACCCGGUUAGCAUAUCCUAGUACUCUAUUAGCUAGCAAUCAACAGCCUACCUGCUUAACCGUACCUAGUCUAACAAA